AUGUUCUCCUUUGGUCUGGUUUGCAUAUACGCCGUGACAAAGGAAGCAGUUCUCGCUGUAGAUCCAAAAAAGGCUACAGAAGACAAUCCAAUCGAGGCCAUCGUCGUUCGACGUCAGGUCUCAUAUUUCAGCGACCUAGAAGAUAUGGAAGGGUUGAUCACCUACUUGGAAGAUAGCCCCUGGAUUGGCUACCUGAACUUCGUGAUGGCGAAUUUCAGCGAAGACUAUCCGCGACGUCCACUCUGCCUGUGGAGCGAUCUCGACGAAGAUCUGAAGGAUCUUUUGAUGAAGAUGAUGAGUAUGGACCCGAAACGACGCAUCACAGCUUCUGAGGCUUUGGCGCACAAGUGGUUUGCGGACGUUCCUUAA